CCAUUGGUCCGCCAGGACGUCAGUCAAGCGAGGGGAAGGAGCCACCGCCUUAAAGGGACAGGCAGCACAGGCUGUGCUGGUCAAGAUGGCGGCGGCAGGCGGGGAUGAGCGCAUGGCUGAUCUGCACAAAACUCUUAACUCUACAUCAGCCACAGAUGGAAUCUCUGCAACUUCAUUUAUAGAAUAUCCAAAGCACAAGCCCUUUAUUAAUUCAGAUUUGCUGCGUUCUCCAUGGAAACCAGUAAUCCCAUAUCCUGAAAGCAACAGCAGAGCAAUACUUUCUGCUCUGAGGAAUCUCCAGGAAAAAAUUCAUCGACUGGAGUUGGAACGGCUUAAGGCAGAAGAGAAUGUAAAGCACCUCAGCAGGGAAACAGCAGACUAUAAAAAAGUUCUAAGUGAGCAAAUGCAGCACAAAGAGCAUGACAAGACUGAAGCGUCAAAGAAAAACCAAGAACUUGCUUCUCAGCUGGCAGCUGCUGAGUCUCGGUGCAGCCUGUUAGAGAAACAGCUGGACUACAUGAGAAGAAUGAUCCAGCAUGCAGAAAAUGAGAAGUCUCAUCUCUUGGAGAAACAGGGUUCGUUGGAGAAAGAUCGGCUUCUUGAUGAAUCACAUGUCCAGUCUAAAUUGGAAAAGCUGGAUAUGCUGGAAAAAGAGUACAGCAGACUCACUGCAAUGCAGUCCAUAGCAGAGAAAAAAAUGAAAGAGCUGGAAGAGAAGCUUCAAGAGGAAGAACACGCGAGGAAGCUGGUUCAGGAAAAAGCAGCUGAGCUUCAGACAGGCCUGGAAACCAACAGACUACUGAUUCAAGCAGCGUCACCACUGCUUUCUCCAAAAGCAAGAAAACCCAGGAAGAAAGCUAAACAGCCAGAGAAGAAGCGCUCCCAUCCCACUACGCAGCCCCAUUACAGACUGUGUCUGGGUGAUGUACCCUUUGUAGCUGGGAAGUCCACCAGUCCCAGUCAUUCAGUUGGUGCCAACGUGCAACAUGUGCUACACCUCAUGAAACAACACACAAAAGCUUUGUGUAACAGUCGCGUGGUAAAUGAUACUCCACUAGCAAAGUCCAUUAGUACUGGGCAUCCUGCAAGCAAAAGCAGAAAGUCUUCUCUGCCAAAGGAAUCCUCUUCAUCCCAGGAAGAGCUCUCAGAAGUGCUGCUGACUUUACAAGACGAAUUUGGGCAGAUGAGUUUUGAUCACCAGCAGCUGUCAAAGCUUGUCCAGGAAGCCCCGACUGUUGCGGUGAGGGAAGAUCUGGAGAGGGAGCUUGAGGCACUGGUGGAAAAGAUGGAAGCAAAAGCAGACCAAAUCAGCAAAGUCCGGAGGCAUCGGUUGCAGCUAGAGAGACUUAAGAGAGAAUGCAAGUCCAGAAAGACUUCUGCUAAACAAAUAAAAGACAGCAGGUUCCCUGUUAGUGAAGUUAAAGUAACAACUACAGUAACAACAAAAGGAAAGAAUGUUGGUCCCAUCAAAGUGAGACCUGGAGAGAAGAGUCGGAAAAAUCUUCAGUUGCUUAGAGACAUGCAGACCAUACAAACUUCACUACAGAAAGAUGAUAUCAGCUGGGACUACUGACUGUGUGGCAGGAGGUGUUCUUGUACCAUCCUGGUCAAACUUUCUCACAUCUUGAAUAUAGAGCCGCUGCCAUCCUUGCUAUGUGAAAGAGACUACUGAAUGCUGAGUGCACUUUGGAAAUGUGGGCCCUUUGUUCUCCAUCCCUGGGUUUGAUUGUAUGUAUUAUAGUCUAGCUUAAAACACAUUCCAUUUUUAAGGUACCAAGCCACUGAAUCUAACCAUAAGUCUCCACCACUUCCUUUUGUGUUAUGGUUUCAGCAGUCUCUCGGUUUUCUUUCGGCACACCGAGCACUGCACAUUUCUGUGGGUUGGCGUGUGUGAAGUGCCAGUGUGAUUUCACACAGUUGCUGAACUGUGCAUUGGGAGGCUUCUCGAGAUGCAUCGUGUUUGAAAAUGAUGCCGUGCCCCUAAGUCUUCAGGGUUUUUGUCAGUUCUGUUCCAUGUGCAGCUGCAGUUACUCAAACUCUGACAGGGUCUAAGGGAGAACAGGUAAACACUUUUAAAGGUGUUUGUUUGUUCCAUCUAGCUCUCUUCAAAAAGUUUUCCUGGUUCUUGCUCUGCUACAUUGCAUUAGCCAGCAUUAACGGCCGUAGAUGUCUGAGCACUCAAACCAGGAGCAAAGUAAUUUUUCUGAAUUAAUUUGCUUAAUGAUUGAUUGAAGAAUUACAUUUUUCUACAGCAAUUCUUUGCAACUUAUGAAAAAGCUAUAGGAUAGGGGAUAAUACCCUGUCUCCUAGUUCACAGCUUUGUGUGGUAAAGAAGUGAGAUAAACCACAAGUGUUUUAAAACUGCAAGUGCCUCGAUCAUGCCAUUCAGUCCUGGCAUCUUGCUUUUAACCUUAAAUAUGUGCUUUGAGCAAUCUACUUUGGUAGCGGUGCGUUUCAUUUUGCACUCCAACUUGCACAGCUGAGUAAAUGUUAUUUAUUAUGUUAAUAAUGUAAAGAAUUUCCUAUUAAUGGAAUGUAUAGAAGACCCAGCUCACCCAUUUAUAGAAUUGAAAAAUAAUAAAGCUAGCUUGCAUGUUGAAUGGAUAGUGGGAAAGCUGCACUUGCUCCAAAUUAACUCGGUGUUUGCAGUGCUUUACCUGUUACAGUGUGCUGUGUGUGGUGAUGUGGUAUCUCCCUGGUCAGGGUGGUGAAUAGGAGCUGCUGCCAAGCUUCAGGUGAGGUGUGAGGGUCAGAGCUGUCCACCUUUGCCUGUAGCUGAACAGGUAGAGAGCUCUGUAGGGUCAACACAGGCACAAAGGGGGGUGGGGGGGUGAGUUUUAAUUAGCUGCAAGCGAUGCCCCUGCUUGCAUCUGAGGCACCGAAGCCUUUAGCUGUGAAGGGUGAAGUCAGAAGAUGUUAACCAGGCUUGGGAGCCAUCAACCUUCAUUUAUGUUGGAGACAUGGGCUCCGGGUUGCUGGAGUAACCCCUUGGAAAGCAGCAUCCUAGUUUCUGAAAAAAUCAGUAAUGGAAACUAUGCUCGGGAAUUUUGCUUGGGAAGGACCUCUGGGGAUCAGCUUGCUCAAAGAUGGGUUAACUUCAGCACUGCCUCAAGACAUCCUUAUGCAGCUCAUUACUGAGGGCAUGGGAUUAUUUUAGGUUCCUGCGCUGCAUAGAGUGAAUGAGGUGUCCAAGUUGGAGUUAAGGCUGCCAGGUUUGGGAGCACAAGGUGCAGGUAUCGAGUUUAUCCCAAAAAAUCCCAGUAAAUUUGGGCUUAACAUGAGUUACAUAGAAAAACACGAAUCCUCCUUUCAUGCAGCAGCUGCUGUGCUAAUGCACUGAAAAAUACAGAAAUUGAUCUUUUUAUUUUUAAUUGUAAAAGUAUUUUUGUAACAUUGAGCAGCUCAGCAUUGUAUCUGUAUUAAUACUGGUCUGUAUAGGAUAAGAGAAACUUGUCUAAAGAGUGGUUUUGUUUUCUUGUCGUUCUGAAUUUUGGAGUUUGAACAUUAGCAUCUUGUAUUGCCACCUGCAGACCAAUGAGAGAUUUGGAUUUGACA